AUUUCAUCAAACAACGGUUUCCCAGGAUGAUUUUGUUAUACCAAGUGAUACCUUUUGUUUUAUCUGCCUCGGUUUCUGGUGACUGUGUGACUCAGCUGUUCACAGACACCGGCUUCCAGGGAGGCGACGUGGCCGCUGUGUUCACGCCCAGCGCCGAGCACUGCCAGGUGGUCUGCACCCAUCACCCGAGGUGCUUGCUCUUCACUUUUGUGGCUGAAUCGGCAUCUCAGGACCCUGCUAAAUGGUUUACUUGCAUCCUGAAAGACAGUGUUACAGAAACACUGCCAAGAGUAAAUAUGACGGGAGCGGUUUCCGGAUACUCUUUCAAGCAAUGCUCACACCACAUAAGUGCUUGCAACAAAGAAGUUUACGAGGGCCUGGACCUGAAGGGCAUGAACUACAACAGCUCCGCCGCCCAGGGCGCGCAGGAGUGCCAGGAGCGGUGCACGAAUGACGUGCACUGUCACUUUUUCACCUACGCCACGUGGCGGUUCCCCAGCGCAGAGCAUCGUAACAUUUGUCUGUUGAAGCACACGCACACGGGGACGCCAACCGGGAUAGCGAAGCUCAAGGACGUGGUGUCUGGAUUUUCCCUGAAACCCUGCGCGCUCUCUAAACUGGCCUGCGUGCGCGACGUGUUCCCCAGCACCGCCUUUGCUGAUGACAACGUCGACAGCGUCCGGGCUCCCGACGCCUUUGUCUGUCGCAACAUUUGCACUCACCAUCCCAAUUGUUUGUUUUUUACCUUCCUUUCCCAGGCGUGGCCGAAGGAAUCCGAAAGAAACCUGUGUCUCCUGAAAACGUCGAAAAGCGGUAUACCGAGUACUCGCUUUAAAAAGAACGACGCUCUGUCGGGCUUCAGUCUGCAAACCUGCAGACACAGCGUCCCAGUGCUGUGCCAUACUUCGUUUUACCAAAACACCGACUUCUUGGGAGAAGAACUGGACAUUGUGGGUGUGAAAGGGCACGAGGCCUGCCAGAACGCGUGCACCAACACCAUCCGCUGCCAAUUCUUUACCUAUUCUCCAUCUCACGAGUCUUGCCACGGAGGCCUGGGGCGCUGUUACUUAAAACUUUCUUCCAACGGGUCUCCAACUAGAAUACUGCACGGGAGAGGAGGCAUCUCUGGAUAUACCUUGCGGUUAUGUAAGAUGGAUAAUGCGUGCACAACCAAAAUCAAGCCCAGAAUUGUGGGAGGAUCGGCGUCUCUCCGCGGCGAGUGGCCGUGGCAGGUCACGCUGCACAUCACCUCCCCCGUCCAGAGACACCUGUGUGGGGGCUCCAUCAUCGGAAACCGGUGGAUAUUGACAGCGGCUCAUUGUCUCAGCGGGAUAGAGUCGCCUAAAAUGUUGCGUGUCUAUGGUGGCAUUUUAAAUCAGUCGGAAAUCAAAGAGGAUACCACUUUCUUGGGGGUUCAAGAAAUAAUCAUUCAUGACCAGUACGAAACGGCAGAGAGGGGGUAUGACAUUGGCUUGCUGAGACUGCACACAGCAAUGAACUACACGGAUUUUCAACGACCCAUAUGCCUACCGUCCAAAGGAGACAGGGACGUCAUGUACACUGACUGCUGGGCGACCGGAUGGGGCUACAGGAAAUUCAGAGACAAAAUACAAAAUACUCUCCAGAAAGUCAAAAUCCCCUUGGUGACCAACGAAGAAUGCCAGGCGCACUACGCAGGACACAGAAUAACCAACAAGAUGAUUUGCGCAGGCCACCGCGACGGGGGGAAGGACGCUUGCAAGGGAGACUCGGGAGGCCCCCUGUCCUGCAAACACAACGAGGUCUGGCAGCUGGUGGGCAUCACGAGUUGGGGCGACGGCUGCGCUCAGAGGGGGCGCCCCGGUGUCUACACCAACGUGGUCGAGCACGUGGACUGGAUUUUGGACAAAACUCAGGCAGCGUGAACGCGUUCCCAGGCGCCGCUUGGCUCCGUGGAGGGCAAGCCAGGCCGCUCCCCCGGAAGACGGUUUCGCUUUCCCCCAAGAAGAUGCGGGAUCCCCAUUUUCCUGCACA